GUCUCAGCACAUCCGAAGCUGUAAGCUUGUAACCUGAACUGAUCCUCCAAAAUGGCAUCCGUAAAUUCGAAAACCCUGGUGUUGAUCACCGGUGCUAACACCGGCCUAGGAUUCGAGAUAGCAAAAUCUCUCUUCGCCCGGCCAAACCCUUACCACAUCCUCAUCGGAUGCCGGGGUGACAUGGGCCGGGCAAGCGAUGCUAUAUCCAAGCUAGAGCAGCUCUCACCAGAGAGCAUGUCCACGGCAGAGCCGCUCUCGAUCGACAUCUCGUCGGACGAGUCCAUCGCCGCAGCCUACUCACAAGUCCAGCAGAAGUUCGGCCGAGUCGACAUACUGGUCAACAAUGCCGGCGCCGACCUCGACACAUCAGUCGCCUCAGGCAAACUCACGCCGCGCGAAGGGUGGAACCGGACGUACGACGUCAACGUGACGGGAACGCACCUGUUCACGACGGCGUUUGCGCCGCUGCUGCUCGCCUCACCAUCUUCCACCCGCCGCCUGCUGUUCAUCACCAGCGGCCUUUCAUCCCUGACCGAGCACGCAAGCGGGACGAGCGCACGCUACGCGCUUGCUCCCGCCGGCGUUUGGCCCAAGCCGCCGGCCAUGUGGCUUGCGUACCGCGUCAGCAAGGCCGGGAUGAACAUGCUCGCGGCUGAGUGGGCGCGGCUGUUGAAAAAUGAUGGGGUGCUGGUGUUUGAUCUCUCGCCGGGGUUUUUGAACACGGGGCUUGGGGAUGAUAGGGCUACGGGUGAGUGGCGGGAUAAGAGUAAGAUAGGGGCGAUUGAUCCGAAGAUUGGGGCGGAUUUUUGCGCGGAUGUCGUUGAGGGUUGUAGGGAUGCUGAGGCGUGGCCGUUGAGGGUUUUGAGGAGGGAUAGUGUGCAGCCGUGGUAGAUGUGCUGCAAGCUAUGGAAUGGGGCUUUGGAAGAUGGAUGUAAGCCGGGUUGAUAUCAUGAAGGUGCGAGCAGAG